GGGCCUCUCGGGGCGGAGUCUUCAGGGGGCGGACGCGUGGCCUCGCAGCGGCGGCGGCGUGAUGGCGGAGGCGGCUUUGGACGCCGUGCGGAGGGAGUUACGAGAAUUCCCGGCCGCCGCAAGGGAGCUCAGCGUGCCUCCUGCCGUGCCCUACCUGGACGAGCCCCCCACUCCGCUCCACUUCUACCGCGACUGGGUCUGCCCCAACAGGCCCUGCAUCAUCCGUAAUGCCCUGCAGCACUGGCCAGCUCUGCGGAAGUGGUCCUUCCCCUAUCUCAGAGCCACAGUGGGCUCCACAGAGGUGAGCGUGGCUGUGACCCCCGAUGGCUAUGCCGAUGCCGUUCGAGCGGACCGCUUCGUGAUGCCAGCCGAGCGCCGCCUGCCCCUGAACCACGUGUUGGAUGUGCUAGAGGGCCAUGCCCAACACCCGGGGGUCCUCUACGUGCAGAAGCAGUGCUCCAACCUACCCACCGAGCUGCCCCAGCUGCUGCCUGAUCUGGAGUCCCAUGUUCCCUGGGCCUCCGAGGCACUGGGAAAGAUGCCUGAUGCUGUGAACUUCUGGCUGGGGGAGGCGGCUGCAGUGACAUCUUGUAGGUGUCAAAGGGAUGCAGAGGUGGGGGAGGAGGGAAGAGGAGGCCAAGAGUAGAAGUACAUAAGGACCACUACGAGAACCUCUACUGUGUGGUCUCAGGGGAGAAACGCUUCCUGCUACACCCACCCAGCGACCGGCCCUUCAUCCCCUAUG